AUGUCGACUCUGCCAAUCCCAUUGCUGUCCUUACUCCGGAAAUUUAUUUCGGAAUUCUCUCUAAAGUACCCCUCCAAAGCAUCUGCAACCCCACGACCAGCAGGACGAUUCGCGUCAUUGCUGCGAGCUGCCGCCAUCCCCUCGCUGGGCUAUUUGCUCGGCUGGGGACCACAAGUCUCGUCUAGUUCUAUAUCAUCGGAUGAAAAGGGUGCUACUGGGCAGGCUUCGGAGGUUUCGUCGUAUAACGAGAGCGGCAAUGAGUCGGGGAAUCAGGAGCCAAAAAAGCAGCGCAAAGAGGAUCUGUAUGAUCCGAAUGCACCGAUUUAUCGGCUUAUGAACAACCCGACGGUGUUUGAACCUACGCGCGCGCCUCGAAAUCCGAUCGUCCUUGCACAUGGACUUUACGGAUUCGAUGUACGAGGGUUCUCUACGUGGCCGAGUCUACAGAUUCAUUAUUGGUCUGACGUGCUGGGUAUUCUAAGGAAGAAGGUUGGAGCAGAAGUCAUCGUCACCAGAGUUCCGUCGACUGGUUCGAUCCAGGAACGGGCGAAGACGAUGCACGACUGCUUACAGCACGAUGCCGCUGGACGGAGCAUCAAUUUUAUUGCACAUUCUAUGGGAGGACUUGACUGUAGGCAGCUGAUCUCCAACAUCAAGCCAAAGGAGUACACUCCGCUUACCUUGACUACCGUCAGCACACCCCAUCGUGGUAGUCCCUUUAUGGACUGGCUCAUGGAAAUCAUCGGGAUAGGCUCUGUGCGAGAGCCAAUACCAGGGAUCAAGCCCGUUUCGCCGGCUGUCCCAUUACCCUCAUCUAUUAUCUCAUUUAUCGACUCCCCAGCAUAUUCAAACCUCACUUCCAACUAUCUCAAGGCCCAUUUUAACCCUUCAACGCCAGACUCGCCCAACGUUCGCUACUGGUCUGUCGCAGCACGCACACCGAGCAUGUCCUUCUUCCACCCGCUAUGGCUCCCGAAACUUAUUCUGGACGGAUACGAGGAGAAGGUUCAAAAGUCCGGGAAGUAUCCCAAUCGACAGUACGGCAAUGACGGGCUCGUCACCGUGGAAUCUGCCAAAUGGGGUGAAUUCCUGGGUGUGCUAGAGAAUUGUGACCACUGGGAUAUGCGGGGUGCUGGAGGGCUGUCUGCUCAUCACGCAGACGAGGCAAAAGGCGCAGAGAGCGCCGUGGCUGGGUCGGGAUCCAACCAGAGUACGUGGAGCUGGACGGAUUGGCAACGGUUCCUUGGAGUAUGGAAUCAGGACAAGAGCCGACGUGACCAAGCGGCGCUUCAACAGCAGAAGCUUCAAGAGGAGGACGGCAAGGCGCGUCGAAGUCAAAAGGCCCAAAUGAUUGCGACACUUGGAGAUUCAGAAUCUAAGGAAAAGAUUGUGCAAGAAGCGAAUCAGAAGGAAGGAGGACAAUCCCCGAUGGAUUCUGUACUAGAUUGGGUGGUGGAGAAUGUCCCGGGCAUCAACGCGGUUACUGCACCCCUCAAGCUUGUCACAUCCUCUACGAGCGAGACAAAGGAGGGGAAGCCUCAAAUAGCGGAUCACGGCUCGACGAAGCCUCCGAGGUUUGACUUGGAGAGAUUCUACGUUGCCUUGUCGCGGAAACUGUACGAUGAGGGUUACUAA